AGAUCUCACCUCUAUAUAAACAUGUCAUAACAUGCUUUUGUUACAAACUCACAUAUAUUGCUACUAGCAGCUGGUCCUUGCACAUACACACCACCUCACCUAAAUAUUUUCCAAGCAAAAAUGGUGACCGUGGAGGAGGUCCGGCAAGCACAGCGGGCCCAAGGUCUGGCAACGAUUAUGGCGAUUGGAAUGGCAACUCCUCCCAACUGUUUCGAUCAGAGUACAUUUUCAGAUUAUUACUUUCGUAUUACUAACAGCGAGCAUAAGACCGAACUCAAAGAAAAAUUUAAGCGCAUGUGUGACAAAACUACGAUUAAGAACCGUUAUUUCUACUUGACUGAGGAAAUUUUGAUGGAAAAUCCAAACAUGUGCACAUACAACGCACCUUCAUUUGAUGCUAGACAAGACAUGCUUGUUGUUGAAGUACCAAAACUAGGAAAAGAGGCUGCUAUCAAUGCAAUCAAAGAAUGGGGCCAACCAAAAUCCAAAAUCACCCACUUGGUCUUUUGCACCACUAGUGGUGUUGACAUGCCCGGUGCUGACUUCCGCCUCGCCAAUCUCCUCAGUCUGCAGCCAUCCGUUAAUCGUUUCAUGAUGUACCAACAAGGUUGCUCUGCUGGUGGCACAGUUCUUCGCCUAGCCAAAGACCUAGCUGAGAACAAUAAAGGUGCUCGAGUCUUAGUCGUCUGUUCUGAAAUCACAGCAAUAGCAUUUCGUGGGCCUAGUGACACCGAUCACAGCGGACUUUUGGCCCAGGCCUUGUUUGGUGAUGGUGCAGCUGCAAUUAUAGUUGGGUCAGACCUAGUGCCCGGGAUUGAGAAACCUUUGUUUGAAAUCGUCUCAGCGGCCCAAACCACUCUCCUUGAUAGUGAAAAUGCCAUCACGUUACAACUUCGUGAAAUGGGCCUUACAUUCCAUGCGAGCAAGUGUGUUCCUGGGCUUGUCUCCAUGAACAUAGAGAAGCUCUUGGUGGAGGCAUUUCAGCACAUGGGCAUCUCUGAUUGGAACUCUCUCUUUUGGAUUGUACAUCCUGGUGGGCCAGCUAUUUUGGACCAGAUGGAAUUAAAGUUGGGCCUUACGCCCGAGAAGUUAUGGGCCAGUAGGCUUGUCCUAAGAGAGUAUGGUAAUUUAGCAAGCGGAUGUGUGUUUUUUAUACUGGAUAAGAUGAGGAAGAAGUCAGUUGAGAGUGGGCUUAAGACCACUGGUGAUGGGCUUGAGUGGGGCGUGCUUUUUGGGUUUGGGCCUGGACUCACUAUUGAGACUGUGGUGCUCCACAGUGUCUCCACUUAAUGGGCUUAGCUCAUAAGUAUCCCUAUUUUUUUCCCCCUUCAAUAUGUGGUUUGCGUUUGUGGAUUGGGUUUGUUGGUUCCACUUCAUUAUGAGUAUUUGAAAGUAU